ACACAUUGAUCUGAUGUGUUGACAUACCGGUUCUGAGAGGAAGUACUUGAACGAACUGGCAACCCUGUACACGUGUAUUCAAGAUGGCAGCCGCUGCUAUGGAGACAUGGGGCCUGCUCCUUGUAUGUGUGUUUCCGGUGGCCCAGACCUUCUACGUGCCUGGCGUCGCCCCCAUGAACUUCCACCAGGGCAGCGCUGUGGAAAUCAAGGCUGUGAAGCUGACCAGCUCUAGGACCCAACUGCCCUAUGAGUACUACUCUCUGCCCUUCUGUCAGCCUGCCAAGGUGGUCUACAAGGCUGAGAACCUGGGGGAGGUACUGCGAGGGGACCGCAUCGUGAACACGCCCUACUCUGUGCUGAUGAAUCAGGACAGAAAGUGUGAGGAGGUGUGCUCCAGGUUCACGCUGAGCCUGAUGCAGAGCAAGCUGGUGGCCGAGCGCAUCCAGGAGGAGUACUACAUCCACCUGAUUGCAGACAACCUUCCGGUGGCCACGCGUCUGGAGUUCUACCCCAGCAGAGAGGGGGGGGGCGGGGCCGGCGGGCUGGAGGAGGAGCACAGGAAGGACGCGGUCAAAGAUGUUCAGUUUGAACACGGCUAUAGACUGGGAUUCUCUGACAACGGCAAGUUCUACCUCCACAACCACCUUUCCUUCAUCCUCUACUUCCACAAGGAGAAGCUGGAGGAGGAAGAAGAUCAUAACUACCGCGUGGUGCGCUUUGAGGUGGUUCCUCAAAGCGUGAAGGUGGAAGACCUGAAGGCUGAUGGAAAGGGGGCGUGUACUCUUCCGGAGGCCGGUGGCUCCGCCCCCCAGGAGAUAGACCCCUCCCAGGAGAACCAUGUCCUUUUCACCUACUCCGUCCACUGGGAGGAGAGUCAGGUAAAGUGGGCUUCUCGCUGGGACACCUACCUCACCAUGAGUGAUGUUCAGAUCCACUGGUUCUCCAUCGUCAACUCUGUAGUGGUGGUGUUCUUCCUCUCCGGGAUCCUUAGUAUGAUCAUCAUCAGAACCUUGAGGAAGGACAUCGCCAACUACAACAGAGAGGACGACAUAGAGGACACCAUGGAGGAGUCUGGCUGGAAGAACGUCCAUGGAGACGUGUUCCGCCCCCCACGCUAUCCCAUGGUGCUCAGCUCUCUGCUGGGGUCUGGCAUCCAGCUGUUCUGCAUGAUCCUCAUCGUCAUCUUCGUGGCGAUGUUGGGAAUGUUGUCUCCGUCCAGCAGAGGGGCUUUGAUGACCACUUCCUGUUUCCUGUUCAUGUUCAUGGGGGUGUUUGGGGGCUACUUCGCUGGGAGGCUGUACCGCACGUUGAAGGGCCAUCGCUGGAGGAAAGGAGCUUUUUGUACGGCAACCCUGUAUCCUGCAGUAGUAUUUGGAAUCUGCUUCAUUCUCAACUGUUUCAUCUGGGGAGAGCAUUCCUCUGGAGCGGUUCCCUUCACCACCAUGCUGGCCCUGCUGUGUAUGUGGUUCGGGAUCUCCAUGCCUCUUGUCUAUCUGGGAUACUACUUCGGCUUCCGCAAGCAACCCUAUGACAACCCUGUACGGACCAAUCAGAUCCCUCGACAGGUCCCAGAGCAGCGCUGGUACAUGAACAAGUUUGUGGGAAUCCUGAUGGCAGGGAUCCUACCCUUCGGAGCCAUGUUCAUAGAGCUGUUCUUCAUCUUCAGUGCCAUCUGGGAGAACCAGUUCUACUACCUGUUUGGGUUCCUGUUUCUGGUGUUCAUCAUCCUGGUGGUGUCCUGCUCCCAGAUCAGCAUCGUCAUGGUCUACUUCCAGCUCUGCGCUGAGGAUUACCGGUGGUGGUGGAGAACAUUCCUGGUAUCGGGAGGCUCCGCCUUCUACGUCCUUGUUUACGCUGUCUUCUACUUUGUCAACAAGCUGGACAUAGUGGAGGUGGUCCCCUCCCUGCUGUACCUGGGCUACACGGCCCUGAUGGUGCUGUCCUUCUGGCUGCUGACAGGCACCAUGGGCUUCUAUGCAGCCUACCUGUUCAUCCGCCGCAUCUACGCCGCCGUCAAGAUUGACUGACUCUGUCAGCUGUAUUUAAGUUUUUUUAUUUUUUAUUUUAUGUUCGGUUUAUUUUGUAUUCUUUAUUGUCCAGCAAGCACUGACGUGUGUGUCUGUGUGUGUGCGCGUGUGUGUGGAAAGCUUAAGGUGUGGUUCUGGUGCAACAGCACCUCCUGCUGGCCAUGAGAGAGAACUGCUAGAGGGUGGUGCCUCUGGUUCCUCUCUCUUUCUCUCUCCAUCUUUCUUUCAACGUCCAUCUCUCCUUGCAUCCCUCCCUCCUUCUCUCUCCCUCCUCCCAUCAGCAGGGACAGAGGCUCAGAUCACUAUCAGCCUCUUCCCUCCAACACCACGCGGGCCAAAGUGUGUUAGUGUGUGUGUGUGUGUGUUACUGUGUAAUAUGUGUGUGUGUGUGUGUGUGUGUGUGCCUGCUUGUGGAGUUGGACCAGAGGAGGCUUCUCCUCCAGCAGACAUGAACUCUGACCCCUGAAGAUGUUUUAAUUAUUUUGCACAAAAUCUUUCUUGUCCUGUAUUUCUGUCUGUAUCUCCUUUCUCUCUCUCUCUGUUUCCUAACUGAAUCUUUUGGAUGAUGUUUAUGACCAGUGUAAAGGUGAAGGGUCAGGUUUUGGAUGCAGUGUCAGAGGUUGAGCUCAUGGAAGUUAUGCCUGAGGAGUUCUACAUUGUACCAUGAAAUGAUAUUAAAAUGUUCUGUUAUUUUUUA